CUGGACAAUGUGGACGAGCAGGCAGCCCAGAUCCGCCGGGAGCUGGAUGGACGACUACAGCUGGCAGAGAGGGUAGCCAAGGUAAGUCCUACACCUAUAGCCCUCCAAAUAAGAAGGCUAAGUAAGCCAAGAACAGUGAUCAUCAGCUCUGGUCAUGGAGAGCAACAUUUCUUUCCAGACAAGUACUUUCACACCUGAAUCAACUAACCAACUACACAAUGAUUAGUUGAAUCAGGUUUGUUAAAGGAAAACUCCACCCAAAUAACUAGGUUUUGGUAAUUGUUUAAUUAGUCCAUUUUUGAUAUAGUCCUGAAAUGUUUUGCUCUGUAUUUUUAAAGUUAUAUAUCUUGAAAACGUGAUUGCUGACAUGCAAAACAUUUUGGGACUAUAUCAACAAUGGACUAAUGAAACAAAUGGCUAAAGAUAGUUUUUGGGUGGAGUUUUCCUUUUUAAAGCUGGGUAGGCACCCUGUAGCUUAAAAUAACAUUUGUGAUUACAGUAGUUAUAAACUGCCAAAAUAGUGGAUGCAGAACUCUUCCUCUAACACUGACUCCCUCUCAGGAGAGGAAGUACCCCAAGUUUGUGUCCAAAGACAUGGAGGCGAUGUACAUUGAGGAGCUGCGCUCGUCUGUCAACCUGCUCAUGGCCAACCUGGAGAGCCUACCUGUGGCCAAGGGAGGUCCUGACUUCAAACAGAAGCUCAAACGCUCCUCCAUGAACAACUCCUUCCUGGACAUGGGCGAGGAGACCGAAUUCCUCUCCAAGUCCGACGUAGUCCUCUCCUUCACACUGGAGGUGCGUGUGUGCGUGCGCGAGAGAUCAUCUUGUACUCUUACCCAUAAAGUUAUUUAGUGGUACUCUCAGGUUGCUCACAGUCAACAUUAAAUGAUUUGUUGAAUUCUGGUGGACUUUUAAAGGAAAGAUCAAUGUGUAUUUGACAUUUAUUUACAUUAGUCUUUUAGUUGUUUAUCGAUUCUGGGGUCAGCUUGAGGGUUAUUGUGUGUACUAAGGGGCCAGUCAAAACAAACUAAACACAUCUGCUCUUUGAUUUUGCUUGGUGCGUGCAUGCCUGCCUCCGUGCGAGCUGUAUAACAUUUGUUUCUCUAUACAGUGUCCCCUCUGUUUGUGGAUUCGGUGAUAGUGCCUCGACUGGAUUUACACGACCCAGUGACUCUCCGCGUCUAAUGCUGCCCUUUCUAUCUGCAGACGUGUGGAGCUGACCAUGUCCUCUCUGUUGCUGUUUGCAGAUAGUGAUAGUGGAAGUGCAGGGCCUGAAGUCUGUGGCUCCUAACAGGAUUGUGUACUGCACCAUGGAGGUGGAGGGUGGGGAGAAACUGCAGACAGACCAGGCAGAAGCCUCCAGACCACAGUAAGUCAUCAUUAACAACAUUAACACGUUUGCAGGUUCCCUUGCUGCAGUGGCCACGUAAUUUAUUGACUGUGUGUGUUCACUGUCAUUACCUCCAGAUAAGAGCGUCUGCUUAAUAAUGACUGUUCAGUCAUAUUUUGAAAUGUCAAGUGAACAGUAGUCGGUGUCUUGGAAAAACCUGGUAUCUCAGAAAAGUAACCUGAGUAAUAUGGUUUAUUUUCAGAUCUAUUACCAUAUAUUGAUGGAAGUUCACAAGGCAAUUUGAAUGACUUAUUUUAGUCCUAGAGUUUUUAAUCCUUCCCAGAACAUGGCUGGGGAGGACUAAUUUUAAUGUAUUGUUAUAUAUUAAGAAAAAAAAUCUGAUGCAAGGUUUUUCCAAGACGUGUAUAGGGAAUAUGUAACAAUGUCCGAUGGGUUUGAGUUGGAACUGUCUCAAGAGACGUAAGGUGUGUUUUGAACAUUUCAGACGCAGCUAUUUUGUACUUUAAAUGGAAGCUGGCUGUUUACAGCAGAGAGAGCAUUGCCUGUUUAGGUCUAAGUGGAUUAUCCCUGGUCUUGGUAUGUCAGCUUUUAAAGAUGAAAUAAACGUGAGCACGGCAGCCAUACCUGAUGGUAAUGCAGUCAGACCUUAGCUUUGAAAUGCUUACAAUGCCCUGCGUCUCUGAACUUAGAAGAGUAAAACACCAUGCUCUAUGUAAUAGACUACUGGUUUUAACAUCUAAGGCUACAAAGCUUCCCCAGAGCAUUGUUUAAUGUUCUGAAUGGCGCCUAUUAAAGCUGUGAGUUAUGUAAUGCAAGAGGGUUGGGUGGUAGUGAGCACUCUUGAUAGCUCUGCUGUCUUCUCCCAUCUGGAUCACCAUGACACAUCACCAAUGACAGUGCUGGGUCCACAGAACAAAGCCUCGCCACCUCUUAACCUCCUUCUCGUGUUGUGAUUUUUCCUCCGCUGUCCGCUCCACUUGUUUUUCAGCAUAGCAGGCGGGUGGCACCAUUGGGAGGUGAAUAGACAGCACGGCGGAAUUUGUGUUCGGUGGCGUAACCCCGGGCUACCGUGACAUUCAGGUUCAGUGUUGGGUCAAGGAGUUCACCUGUCUGAGCUCAUGACAUCAUUUCCACUUCCUUUGUUAGCUUGGCUGAAAACCCGGAUGGCUUCUUGGUCAUCUCGCAAGAGUUCUGGGCAGGGGCGCAACUUUGGUUUUAGAAGUGGGGGGGGGGACAUUUCAUGUAAUUUUUUUGUCAGAUAAAUAACGCUCGGACGUGUCCGCAUGGUCCUAAAGCACACCGUUGCAUUGUUUUGUAUCACAUUCCAAUGAUAAAACGUGUGGGACAAAAAUGCAAUUUCAGAAUGUGGGGGGGACAUGUCCCCCCUGUCCCCAGUGAAAGUUGCGCCCCUGGCCUACCCAAUCUAGAUGUGGCUUGUAGUAGCCUACAUAGCUGGUUAUAAUGAGGUGUUGGAGUGUAUUCUUUAACACACUUGCUCAGUGUUCCCCUAUGGAGGACUAAAAGUGCCACAAUUAAAUAAAUAAAUACACCAUUAAAUAAUUACUUAAAUGUGUCAUUAAUUAAUUAAAUGUGUCAUUAAUUAAUUCAAAUUAGAAUUAAAUACAUAAAUGUGUAAUUAAAUGUAUCAUUAAUUAAUUCAAAUACCGAUUCAUUUUAUGUAAAAUACAUAUAUAAUUAUUUCACUAUUUACAUUUACAUUUCAUGAUCCUGCAUUGCAGUGAUUCAUGAAUUACUUAAAACUGUCAAACUGACCCAUCAAAGUCAGUGGGCGGGGCUAACGCGAAUCUAGUCUGAUCCAUUGCUUUGGUCUGAAGUAGAGUAGGCCAACCUGGAUAGAGACAAUGGAGGAUCUCCGUGAACUUUCCAGGGAGUUGGUUAGAGACAUUUUAAACUUAGCAGAGGAUGUAGAAGCAGGACCUGCUGACAUUAUCCGGAAUUGAUUUGUCUUGGCUUGAUGCAGAGGGUAACCAAUCAGGCGUUAGGUUCCGCCUACCAACUUUUGAUGGGUCAGUUUGACAGUUUUAAGUAAUUCAGGAAGCACUCCAACGCAGGACCAUGAAAUGUAAAUGUAAAUAGUGAAAUUAUUAUAUAUGUAUUUUACAUAAAAUGAAUCGGUAUUUGAAUUAAUUAAUGACACAUUUAAUAACACAUUUAUGUAUUUAAUUCUAAUUUUAAUUAAUUAAUGACACAUUUAAGUAAUUAUUUAAUGGUGUAUUUAUUUAUUUAAUUGUGGCACUUUUAGUCCUCCAUAUUCCCCCACCUGAUUGAAAUGGAAAUUAAUUAAGAUGAAUCCCAGGCGCUGGCCAUAUUAAAGUCUGGUAUUAGGUGAAGUCCUGCUGCUUGCCCUUUAAACAUGGUGUCUGUGGGAACACUAGUUUAAUAGUUUUUAUCAUUCCACCUCUUUUAGCUGAACAUUUAUCGUCUUGUCCGCCGAAGCUUAAAUUGAAAAUAUUUGAGGCUCUUGAGACUUCUGGUCACCUAAUGUUCAUAUCAUCCCAUCCACAAAGCUGAGGGAUACAGUUAACAGCCUCUGUUGUGUGACUUGGCACCGCAUUAUCCUUCCGAUCACAUCACUGCUACUGUCUCACAGCCUCCAGCAGAAGUUAAAUGUCUGCUUGUUGAUGAUGAGGUUACAGUGAGUCAUUGCUUGUUGCCGUGCGUCUGGACGUUGAUUUCGGCGUGGUUAUUAGAAUGGUGGUGGCAGCAGUCUGGUAAUGCAUUAAUAAGACUGCCCUUUCAGACUCUCAGUGGUGGAGAAUUUCCCAGAGCUCAGACCGUGAGUGCUCUCCAGUACCUGUCACUACAAUAUACCAUCUUCAUUAGCCCAGAAACCAGAAAAACAUGGCCUUCAAGCCACAAUCUGGAAGAUUACUUGCUGUUCAAUUUAAUGGUAAUUUUAAUUAAUGACAUACCAUUUGAUUCUUGAAUAACAUAACUUUGUACAUGGCCUUCGUACAACUGUCUUAUCCUAUCAUGACCAAAAUAAAGUCAAAGUAUGUAGUAAUAUUUUUUGUCAUAAUCUCAUGGACAGCCAGUCCAUGUGUCCAUAGCACUGUCUAUUACAGAAUCAUUACACAUUCUUAAGGACAUUUUUAGAUCCUUUUCCUUACCGUUCAAGGCUCCAUUCAAUUUGAAGUCAUUAUAUGCCUCUGCGUAGGCUGACAGCGAGAUAUAACAGAUUUUUCAUUGUCUUGCGUCUUGGUUUUGACGGCAGUUUACUUGACUGAAAAUGAAUCGGUGCAUUUCUAAGUAUUUGAAACAUAGACUGACAGUGCUUGUCCUUCAGCAGAGAUGGGGAAAUACCUUCCUUCCCACACACUCGCUAGUCUUGCUCUCUUUUCAAGGAAGAAAUGGAGUCAAUGUUUUACUAGCCGGGUCCGUCAUUGCUGCUAUUUUAUUCCUCUUCAGAUCUGAUAAUGCAUCGGAGACAGAAAACGCCUUAAGUAAAUAUAGCUAACAUAGUUAACCUCCCUCACAUGGCAAACUUAACUGUUGACUUGUGCGCUUUCCUAAGAGAGGCGAACAAAGACAGAACCGUGUCGGGUAAAGUCUGCUAAGGGUUAUCUCCAGUCCAUUUUCUUUGUGUACUGUGAUAGAAAUAACACGAGGCAAACAAUAGCCACUUCUUGUUUUGAAUUUCCCUUUGGCUUUACCCUCCUCUGAAUUAACAGUUCAUAUUUAUUUUGUCUCUCGCAACUUGAGGGACAGACAGUUUUGAACGCAUUCCACACGUUGCCUUGGCAACUGGGAUUUUUUUUAUUUUUUAGCUACAUUGGAUUCCCGCUGUCCUUGAGAAGCAAGGGGUCAUUCAGGAUUCUGAGUCCAUGCAUGUAUGCAACUGAACAUACACAAACACACACACACACUAACAGACAGUCGUGAACCGUCGUGCAGAUGCUAUCCCACUGGGCACAGACUUCAGGUCAAUGCUAGUUUUGAUACAUAUUAAAUUGUAAAACCAAAAACAUUUUAACCAUGUCAUUGGAGUCAGGGUAAAAGACAGACAUUCCUGAAAUCCCUUUACAUAGAUGACUUUUUGCAAAUCCAAUCACUUUUCCACUAUGAUUUAACGUCAUCACAUUGUUUUUUUUGUUGAAAUGAAGUGGGAACAAGAUUCAACCAGUUUGUGUGCAGUGUGAUACCUGAACGACCCAUCAUGCUCAUGCUCAUCCUCAACCUUGAACCCACAUCAGAAGCUUCCAGUAGAGUACAGACCUACACUGACUAGACUGGGUACUCACUGGGUAUGGAAUAAAAUGACUAGACUGGGCACUCGCUGAGUAUGAAACAUAAGGGCCGAGUCAUCAUUCAUGAUUGCUGUAUAACCAUGAAGAAAGGAAACAACAGAGCUUUUGUAGCUGUAAAAGAACAACACACAUCUUUAGAUAUAGGCCCACAAAAUGCCAUGUGAUACAGUCAGCCGUGUGGAGGAAGAGGUGAAGCACCACACACACACACACACACACACACACACACACACACACACACACACACACUGAUGUUCAUAGAAAACUUUGCCACUGCCAUUCUCUCGUCUAGAAGCUGAGUGAGUGGUGACUGCACACAUCUGAACAUUUUCUAUUUCCCCUGCGAAAUCAAUUCCAGAGUUACUUUUCAACAACUCCCAGGCAUAAUGGGAGGCACCACUCCUCACCGGACAUUCACUGGGUUGCCACUCCAGUAGAAAGAGGAAGCGUUGUGUGACGGAAUAAAAGGGGGAUAGAAAGGUUUCACUCUUCUAUGGUAAUACAAUUAUAGAGUCUUUGGUCUGUGAGCACCCACAAUGUGUUAUUGGCAGCAAGAUAAUGGGUACAAGGGUGGAGAAGGCUGCCGUUUUACGGCCCUCUAACCAAUUGUACUAUUAUGUGUGUUUUUUCACGUUAUUUGUAAUUUAUUCUUUACAUAAUGUUUCUGCCACCGUCUCUUAUGACCAAAAAUAGCUUCUGGAUAUCAGGACAGCGAUUACUCACCUCGUAUUGGACAAAUAUGUUUUCUUCAAUGAGUCGGAUGCGAAGGAUAUUCUACAGACACCCGACAAGGCCCAAAUCCCCGUCAUUCGCAUUAGAAAGAGACUGAGAUAUCGUGGACAUAGGUAGGGGUGCCUUGUAAGGAUCCGACGGCGAGCGAGUAAACUGCCUCUUCCAUCAAUCCUAUUAGCCAACGUACAAUCAUUGGAUAACAAAAUGGACGACCUAAGAUCAAGAAAAUCCUACCAGUGUGACAUUAAAAACGGUAAUAUCUUAUGUUUCACCGAGUCGUGGCUGAACGACGACAUGGAUAACCUACUGCUGGUGGGAUAUACGCUACAUCGGCAGGAUAGAACGGCUGACUCUGGUAAGACAAGGGGUGGCGGUCUGUGUAUAUUUGUAAACAACAGCUGGUGCACGAAAUCUAAUACUAAGGAAGUCUCAAAGUUUUGCUCGCCUAAGGUAGAGUAUCUCAUGUCUAUUUACCACCACAAACCGAUGCUGGCACUAAGAUUGCACUCAGUGAGCUGUAUAAGGCCAUAAGCAAACAGGAAAACGCUCAUCCAGAGGCAGCGCUCCUAGUGGCCGGGGACUUUAAUGCAGGGAAACCGUUCUACCUCAUUUCUACCAGCAUCUUAAAUGUGCAACCAGAGGGAAAAAAACUCUAGACCACCUUUACUCCACACACAGAGACGUGUACAAAGCUCUCCCUCGCCCUCCAUUUGGCAAAUCUGACGAUAAUUCUAUCCUCCUGAUUCCUGCUUAUAAGCAAAAACUAAAGCAGGAAGCACCGGUGACUCGGUUAAUAAGGAAGUGGUCAGAUGACGCAGAUGCUAAGCUACAGGACUGUUUUGCUAGCACAGACUGGAAUAUGUUCUGGGAUUCUUCUGAUGGUAUUGAGGAGUACACCACAUCAGUCACUGUCUUCAUCAAUAAGUGCAUCGAUGACGUCGUACCCACAGUGACCGUACUUACAUACCCCAACCAGGAGCCAUGGAUUACAGGCAACGUCCGCACUGCGCUAAAGGGAAGAGCUGCCGCUUUUUCAAGGAGCGGGACUCUAACCCGGACGCUUAUAAGAAAUCCCGCUAUGCCCUCCGACGAACCAUGAAACAGGUAAAGAGUCAAUACAGGACUAAUAUUGAAUCGUACUACACUGGCUCCGACGCUGGUCGGAUGUGGCAGGGCAUGCAAACUUUUACAGACUACAAAGGGAAGCACAGCUGCGAGCUGCCCAGUGACACGAGCCUACUAGACAAGCUAAAUUACUUCUAAGCUCACUUCGAGGCAAGCAACACUGAAGCAUGCAUGAGAGCAUCAGCUGUUCCGGAUGACUGUGAUCACGCUCUCCGUAGCCGAUGUGAGUAAGACUUUUAAGCAGGUCAACAUUCACAGACAUAUUACCAGGACGUGUAGUCCGAGCAUGCGCUGACCAACUGGCAAUUGUCUUCACUGACAUUUUCAACAUGUCCCUGUCUGAGUCUGUAAUACCAACAUGUUUCAAGCAGACCACCGUAGUCCCUGUGUCCAAGAACACUAAGAUAACCUGCCUAAAUGACUACAGACCCGUAGCACUCACGUCUGUAGCCAUGAAGUGCUUUGAAAAACUGGUCAUGGCUCACAUCAACACCAUUAUCCCAGAAACCCUAGACCCACUCCAAUUUGCAUACCGCCCCAACAGAUCCACAGAUGAUGCAAUCUCUAUUGCACUCCACACUGCCCUUUCCCACCUGGACAAGAGGAACACAUACGUGAGAAUGUUAUUCAUUGACUACAGCUCAGCGUUCAACACCAUAGUGCCCUCAAAGCUCAUCACUAAGCUAAGGAUGCUGGGACUAAACACCUCCCUCUGCAACUGGAUCCUGAACUUCCUGACGUGCCGCCCCCAGGUGGUAAGGGUAGGUAACAACACAUCUGCCAUGCUGAUCCUCAACACGGGGGCCCCUCAGGGGUGCGUGCUCAGUCCCCUCCUGUACUCCCUGUUCACUCAUGACUGCAUGGCCAGGCACGACUCAAACACCAUCAUUAAGUUUGCAGAUGACACAACAGUCACCGACAACGAUGAGACAGCCUAUAGGGAGGAGGUCAGAGACCUGGCCAUGUGGUGCCAGGAGAACAACCUCUCCCAACGAGAUCAAGACAAAGGAGAUGAUUGUGGACUACAGGAAAAAAGAGGACUGAGCACGACCCCAUUCUCAUCGACAGGGCUGUAGUGGAACAGGUUGAGAGCUUCAAGUUCCUUGGUGUCCACAUCACUAACAAACUGUCAUGGUCCAAACACACCAAGACAGUCAUGAAGAGUGCACGACAAAGCCUAUUCCCCCUCAGGAGACAGAAAGGAUUUGUCAUGGGUCCUCGGAUACUCAAAAGUGCUACAGCUGCACCAUCGAGAGCAUCCUGACUGGUUGCAUCACCGCCUGGUAUGGCAACUGCUCGGCCUCCGACCGCAAGGCACUACAGAGGGUAGUGCAUACGGCCCAGUACAUCACUGGGGCCAAGCUUCCUGCCAUCCAGGACCUCUAUACCAGGCGGUGUCAGAGGAAGGCCCUCAAAAUUGUCAAAGACUCCAGCCACCCUAGUCAUAGACUGUUCUCUUUGCUACCGCACGGCAAGCGGUACUGGAGCGCCAAGUCUAGGUCCAAAAGGCUUCUUAACAGCUUCUACCCCCAAGCCAUAAGACUCCUGAACAGCUAAUCAUGGCUACCCAGACUAUUUGCAUUGUCCCCCCCCACCCCACCCCACCCACACUUUUACGCUGCUGCUACUCUGUUUAUUAUUUAUGCGUAGUCACUUUAACUCUACCCACAUGUACAUAUUACCUCAAUUACCUCAACUAAACGGUGCCCCCGCACAUUGACUCUGCUUCCCUACUGUUAUUUUAUUUUACUGCUGCUUUAAUUAUUUUUUAUUUUUUAGUUAUCUAUUUUUUAGUUAAUGCUUUUUUUCUUAACUGCAUUGUUGGUUAAGGGCUUGUAAGUAAGCAUUUCACUGUAAGGUCUACCCCUGUUGUAUUCGGCGCAUGUGGCAAAUUGAAAUGGACGUGAUAUUUUGACUGUCUUUUUUCCCUUAACUCUUUGAUUACUGAAUAUACACAAAUACCUAUAUGGUGCUUAAUAUCAGCUCUUAGUUACGCAACAAUUGUAGUCCUAUGCAUGUUUAAUCCUGAUGGGUGGAAUCUUGUCUUUCAGGUGGGGCACUCAGGGGGACUUCAUGACGACACACCCGUUACCCAUGGUCAAAGUGAAGCUGUUCACAGAGAGCACAGGGGUACUAGCUCUGGAAGACAAGGAGCUGGGACGGGUAAGACACCAGCACAUACAGUGGGGAGAACAAGUAUUUGAUACACUGCCGAUUUUGCAGGUUUUCCUACUUACAAAGGAUGUAGAGGUCUGUAAUUUUUAUCAUAGGUACACUUCAACUGUGAGAGGCGGAAUCUAAAACAAAAAUCCAGAAAAUCACAUUGUAUAAAUUUUUAAGUCAUUAAUUUGCAUUUUAUUGCAUGACAUAAGUAUUUGAUACAUCAGAAAAGCAGAACUUAAUAUUUGGUACUGAAACCUUUGUUUGCAAUUACAGAGAUCAUACGUUUCCUGUAGGUCUUGACCAGGUUUGCACACACUGCAGCAGGGAUUUUGGCCCACUCCUCCAUACAGACCUUCUCCAGAUCCUUCAGGUUUCGGGGCUGUCGCUGGGAAAUACGGACUUUCAGCUCCCUCCAAAGAUUUUCUAUUGGGUUCAGGUCUGGAGACUGGCUAGGCCACUCCAGGACCUUGAGAUGCUUCUUACGGAGCCACUCCUUAGUUGCCCUGGCUGUGUGUUUCGGGUCGUUGUCAUGCUGGAAGACCCAGCCACGACCCAUCUUCAAUGCUCUUACUGAGGGAAGGUGGUUGUUGGCCAAGAUCUCGCGAUACAUGGCCCCAUCCAUCCUCCCCUCAAUACGGUGCAGUCGUCCUGUCCCCUUUGCAGAAAAGCAUCCCCAAAGAAUGAUGUUUCCACCUCCAUGCUUCAUGGUUGGGAUGGUGUUCUUGGGGUUGUACUCAUCCUUCUUCCUCCAAACACGGCGAGUGGAGUUUAGACCAAAAAGCUCUAUUUAUGUCUCAUCAGACCACAUGACCUUCUCCCAUUCCUCCUCUGGAUCAUCCAGAUGGUCAUUGGCAAACUUCAGACGGGCCUGGACAUGCGCUGGCUUGAGCAGGGGGACCUUGCGUGCGCUGCAGGAUUUUAAUCCAUGACGGCGUAGUGUGUUACUAAUGGUUUUCUUUGAGACUGUGGUCCCAGCUCUCUUCAGGUCAUUGACCAGGUCCUGCCGUGUAGUUCUGGGCUGAUCCCUCACUUUCCUCAUGAUCAUUGAUGCCCCACGAGGUGAGAUCUUGCAUGGAGCCCCAGACCGAGGGUGAUUGACCGUCAUCUUGAACUUCUUCAAUUUUCUAAUAAUUGCGCCAACAGUUGUUGCCUUCUCACCAAGCUCCUUGCCUAUUGUCCUGUAGCCCAUCCCAGCCUUGUGCAGGUCUACAAUUUAUCCCUGAUGUCCUUACACAGCUCUCUGGUCUUGGCCAUUGUGGAGAGGUUGGAGUCUGUUUGAUUGAGUGUGUGGACAGGUGUCUUUUAUACAGGUAACGAGUUCAAACGGGUGCAGUUAAUACAGGAAAUGAGUGGAGAACAGGAGAAAACGAACUGGUUUGUGAGAGCCGGAAUUCUUACUGGUUGGUAGGUGAUCAAAUACUUAUGUCAUGCAAUAAAAUGCAAAUGAAUUACUUAAAAAUCAUACAAUGUGAUUUUCUGGAGUUUUGUUUUAGAUUCCGUCUCUCACAGUUGAAGUGUACCUAUGAUAAAAAUUACAGACCUCUACAUCCUUUGUAAGUAGGAAAACCUGCAAAAUCGGCAGUGUAUCAAAUACUUGUUCUCCCCACUGUACAUCAACCUAUUUUUAUUUAUAUCAGUCACUAUCAGUAUCAAUCAUUAUUCAUAUAAUUUACAUCAAUAUCUUUCACUAUUGAUAUCAGUCACUAUUGAUAUGAGUCACAAUCAAUAUCAACCACUAUUGAUAUAAUGUACUAGCAAUAUUAGAUACUAGCAAUUAGCAUGACCCAAUCAAUCAUUGUCUUGGCAAUGUAACAAUGUAGCCCAAGCAGUCAUGUACCUAGGCUAGUUUUUCCCCUGACAUGGAUGCCAUUGAGAUGUUUGAGACAUGCAUUGCAUUGAAUGUGCAAGAGCUGUAGGUGUUAUUGUACAGAAAGAGCCCCCUCUCGCUUCUUUCUAUCACUAUAGCAAUGGCGCCGGAGGAGAUGGCUGCCGUUUUACGGGCUCCUAACCAAUUGUGCUAUAUUGUGUGUUUUUUCACGUUAUUUGUAACUUAUUUUGUACAUAAUGUUUCUGCCACCGUCUCUUAUGACCGAAAAGAGCUUCUGGAUAUCAGGACAUCGAUUACUCACCUCGUACUGGACAAAGAUUUGUUCUUUAAUGAGUCGGACACGAAGGAUUUACUUCAGACACCCGACAAGGCCCAAAUCCCUGUCAUUCGCGGCGAUAUCGGGGACGUAGGUCGGGGUGCCUUGUAAGGAUCCGAUAGCGAGUGGGUAAUCUGCCUCUACCAUCAGUCCUAUUAGCCAACGUACAAUCAUUGGAUAACAAAAUAGACAAGCUAUGAUCACGAAUAUCCUACCAACAGGACAUUAAAAACUGUAAUAUCUUAUGUUUCACUGAGUCGUGGCUGAACGAUGACAUGGAUAACAUACAGCUGCCGGGCUAUACGCUGCAUCGGCAAGAUAGAACAGCUGCCUCCAGUAAGACAAGGGGUGGCGGUCUGUGUGUAUUUGUAAACAACAGCUGGUACACGAAAUCUAAUAUUAAGGAAGUCUCAAGGUUUUACUGUUAUUUUACUGCUGCUCUUUAAUUAUAUAUUUUUAUUUUUUACUUAACACAGAUGUUUCUUAAAACUGCAUUGUUGGUUAAGGGCUUGUAAGUAAGCAUUUCACUGUAAGGUCUACACCUGUUGUAUUUGGCGUAUGUGACAAAUACAAUUUGAUUUGAUCCCCAUCCCCCUCCCCAUCUCUCCCUCUCUUUCCUCAGCCUCUCUCUGUCUGUGGCACCCCCUCCCCCUCCCCAUCUCUCUCCUCAGCCUCUCUCUGUCUGUGGCACCCCCUCCCCCUCCCCAUCUCUCUUCUCAGCCUCUCUCUGUCUGUGGCACCCCCUCCCCCUCCCCAUCUCUCUCCUCAGCCUCUCUCUGUCUGUGGCACCCCCCUCCCCCUCCCCAUCUCUCUCCUCAGCCUCUCUCUGUCUGUGGCACCCCCUCCCCCUCCCCAUCUCUCUCCUCAGCCUCUCUCUGUCUGUGGCACCCCCUCCCCCCUCCCCAUCUCUCUCUCUCUUUCCUCACCCUCUCUACUCUCUUCCCCCAGACAGCCAUGGUUUUCUGAUGUCCUUCACCUGUCUGUUCCUAUCAGAGUCACGGAAUAUGGAUGUGUCAGUCACUGACUAACUGUCUGAGAGACACUGUUUUUGUAUCUUGCGGGGUGUGUGUACGCACGUGCGAAUCUGUUCAUCUUUUUGCAGAAGCCAUCAUUACUACACCUUCUGUAAAAUUACAAAUUCUCUAUUUUUUCUCAUCUCUCCUGUGCCCUCUCCCUUCGUCACCCCCCAUUCUUCCCCUCUCUCCCUUCCCCUCUCUCCCUUCCUCUCCCUUCCCCUCUCUCCCUUCCCCUCUCUCCCUUCCCUUCCAUCCCUUCCCCUCUCUCCCUUCCCCUCUCUCCCUUCCCCUCUCUCCCUUCCCCUCCCUCUCUCUCCCUUCCCCUCCCUCCUUUCCCCUUCCCCUCCCUCCCUUCCCCUUCCCUCCUCCCCUCCCCUCCCUCUCCCCCCCCUCCCUUCCUUCCCCCUCCCUCCCUUCCCUUCCCCCUCCCUCCCUUCCUUCCCCCUCCCUCCCUUCCCCUCCCUCCCUCCCUCCUUCCCUCCUCCUUCCCCUUCUCCCCUCCCUCCCUUCCUUCCCCCUCCCUCCCUUCCCCUUCCUCCCCCUCCCUCCCUUCCCCUUCCCCUCUUCCCUGUCCCCCCUCCCCUUCCCCUUCCUUCCCUCCCCCCCUUCCCUCCCUUCCCCUUCCUUCCCCUCCCUCCCUCCCCUUCCCUCCCCUCCCUUCCCCUCCUCCUCCUCCCCCCCCUUCCCCUUCUCCCCCCCCUUCCCCUUCUCUCCCUCCCCCUUUCCCCUCCUCCUUCCCCCUUCCUCCCUCCCCUCCCCUCCCUCCCUCCUCCCCCUUCCCCCCCUCCCCCCUUCCCCUCCUCCCCCCCUUCCCCCCCCUCCUCCCCUCCCCCCUCCCUCCCUCUCCCUCCCCUCCCUCUCCUUCCCUCCGCCCUUCCCCUCCCUCUCUCCUCGCCCUUCCCUCUUCCUUCCCCUCCCCCCUCCCGUCCCCUCCCUCCCCAUCCCUUCCCCUCCCCUCCCUCCCCUCCCCCGCCCCCUACCCGUCCCCCUUCCUUCCCCUCCCUCGUCCCUUCCCCCUCCCUCCCUCCCCUUCCCCUCCCCUCUCCCUCCUCUCCGCCUCCUCCCCUCCCUCCCUCCCCCCCCUCUCUCUCUCCCCUCCCUCCCUCCCUCCCAUUCCCAGGUGAUCCUGAACCCCACCACCAACGGACCCAAGCAGGCAGAGCUUCACAAGAUGGUGGUGUCAAAGAACAGUCAGGACGCAGAGCUGAAGAUCAAACUAGCCGUCCGCAUGGACAAACCCCCCAACAUGAAGCACAGU